AUGGCCACAAACUCAACCUUUCAAUUGUUCUCUUCAGCAACCGGAGUGUCAGGCUUCUUUGAUUCUUCUCCAGAGCCUCCUCUCCCUCCUCCUCCUCCUCCAGUUGAAGUUCUCUCCUCUGAGGUUUCUUUGAAUGUCAACUGCUCUGUGGAGCCAGUUAACUUAGAAAAUGGUCUUACUUUACUCAAGGGAAGGGUUAGUACUAAAGAGGUUUUUGGGUUGCCUAACUCUGAUUUAGUACCUGGUGUAUAUGAAGGAGGAUUGAAGCUUUGGGAGGGUUCGCUAGACCUUAUUAGAACUCUUCAAUCAGAGGCUCGAAAUGGCCAUCUAUCAUUUAGUGGGAAGCGAGUUUUAGAGCUUGGGUGUGGUCAUGGACUUCCUGGGAUCUUUGCAUUCCUUGAGGGUGCAAGUGCUGUACAUUUCCAAGAUUUCAAUGCUGAAGUCCUUCGAUGUCUCACCAUUCCCAAUGUAAAUGCCAAUCUUUCAGAAAAAUCUCACCGUUUUGCAUCAGAAGAUGCAAGUUCUGAUACCGAGGGAGAACUACGUUUCUUUGCUGGUGACUGGAGCCAAGUCCAUCAAUGUCUUCCUCAUGCGCACAAAAAAGAAAAGGACCUUAGUUGCAGCUCAGGGCAGAGUCCAUGUUCUGGUUAUGAUAUUGUUUUGAUGGCAGAGACAAUCUAUUCAAUCUCUGCUCAACAAAAUCUCUACGGCCUUAUAAAGAAGUGCUUGAGCCAUCCUGGUGGAGUUGUAUAUAUGGCAGCCAAAAAGCACUAUUUCGGAGUUGGCGGAGGAACCCGACAAUUUCUCUCUAUGGUAGAAAAAGAUGGUGCUAUGACUGCAAGUCUGGUUGCUGAAGUUGCAGAUGGCUCGUCUAAUGUCCGAGAAGUGUGGAAGCUCUCGAUUUAG